AUGAAGGGAGUGAUGCGGAUUCAGGUUGCCAGGCGGGUGCACUCCCUAGCGGCCACGUCGUCAGAGAGCCAACUGAAAAAGGUAAAAAGCCACAUCAGCAGCUACCAUGAGAGCACCGACGACCCGAAGAGGAAAAACAAAUACCUGGGGUUGCUCAGGAACAUCUACCACAUCAUCCCGUCUAGGUUUAAUGAGACGGAGGUGUGGGAGCACUUCUUAACUGCCCUCAAGCAGGAGAGAUGCUUCGCCAAGUUGAAAAGCCUUGUGAGGAGGAACUCGCUCGUCUAUCCUCCUCUGCUGUGCAGGCAAAUUGUGUUCCUCUACUACAUCGGGCUGGACGAGGAGGCAAACCGACUGCUGCACCACUUGACGCGCAAGCUAGCCAAGCGCGAAGCGGACAUGUCCCAAGAGGGGAACGCGAAGGUGAAUGAAGAGAUGGGAGACGUGAUCAAAAUGUUAUACGUUCUGUACCACCUAAGGAAGACGAAGCAGAAUUAUAAGGAGGUGGUCCUCCUCUGCGACAAGUACAUUUGCAACACGAGGAGGGACCCCCUCAACAAUCUGAGGUACCUCCUCUACUUCCACCUGUUCUAUGCCCAAAUGAACCACUCCUUUGGUAAAAUGCACAGGUGCAUAGAAAUCUGCAAACACCGCAUCGGCGUGGAGCAAAUGAUGUUCCUCAUUCGAUACGUCAACCAGUUUUUGAAGCGCCUCUAUUUGAGCGGCGUUAUCCUACAUAGGGGGGAUCUAUCCGGUGGGGUAGCCGUCAGGAAAGGGGAACUCUCCCCAGAGGAGGCCACACACACCGUUGGUAGUCACCCCCCAUGUUAUGGCAAAAAAGAAGUGCAUGAAAAGGUACAAAACGAGUUAGAAAUCUUCCUCGGCAACCUACUUAGGAUAAAUAAAAAUGAGAAGGACCACUACGUGUUUAGUAGCUUCGACGACGUUGUGCUACAUCGGGGGAGGAGGGAUGGUAGAGGUGAGCCCCCACCUGCUUCGAGCUACCAACCGGAAAGAAGUUCCUUACGUAGGAGAGACUCCCUCUUGGGAGGAGGAGGAAAGACCUUCCAUGAUGGGGAGGACCCAGAUGGAGGACCCUCCUGGGAAAGGGGCGAUCCUCCUCUCAUGGACACCCAUCUGGUGAAACCCCCCCGCGUGACGGAGCGAGACCUGCUCAUGUACAGAGACAUCUACGCAGCCUGCACGGGCGAAGUCAUGAAAAGGGUGCUGAUCUGCAAGGAGUCACUGCAAGCAGACGCCCUCUGGAACAACUUCCUAAGCAGCAUGUUCAGAGACAACUUCGCACACUUCGUGCUGAACCAGAUGAAAGGCAAAAUGAAGAUCCUAAAGGAAGAACAUCUUUUUACAUUCCUCAAACAGGUGAAGCUGCUGCGAUUGGAAGCGCAUCCCUCCGUCAGCACCACCCUCCAAGUAUUUUUCAAACAGUACUCAAAUGUUCAGAUGAAGUCGUUGGACAAUUUUCUCAUCGCGGAUAAGAUGACCUACUACACAGACCUUUUUUGCGAAUGUCCUUUUGUGCAAAAAUAUAUUCUGAACAUGUACAGGCAAAAUUUGAACUCUUUUAAUGUGAAAAUUUUGAAAAAAAUUGUGGCCAAGCUGUUUUACUUCCUAAAACGGGAGAAGCCUCUCAUUAACGGUUUCGAUGUCCUCAUAAAAAAUAUUUUUGUAAAAGUUGCAGUGAGCGGAUCGCUGAGCGACAUCGUCAUGGUUUUGCACACGCUGAGGCAGUAUAAUUUUUACAAGCAUGGGGUGAAUAGGGGGCACUCCAGGGGAAGGGCUCCUUGGGGGGGGGAGCCGUACGAUGGGAUUGCGCUGCACGAUGAGGUUGCCUCCCCUUGGGGGGUAUCCACCCUCGCCUACGACGAAGUGAAGAAAAAAAUGCUCUCGUUCUUUGCGCCCAUCUGCGCAGCGGACAACUGUGAGGGUGGCGAAGUGGGGCCAACUCGCGGGGGGGACCGGCUGGACGGCCUCUUCCACGUGAGUGCGCCCCGCCUGGACUACAUAACGGGUGGCGAUGUUAGCGGUGGAGGCAGCGAGUACCACUGCAUUCGCGAGCACCACUCCGUUUGUGAGCACCACCGCCGCUACCACCGCCGCUACCACCACCGCUACCACCACCGCUGCCUCCACCCCGUUUGCGAGUACCUGCUGUACCGAAGCGUGAUCGAGAAGGUGCGCUUGGGGGGGAGGCUCCGCCACGACAAGUACGUCGACCCGAACGGCAUCCUCAUGCUGAGCAAGCAGCUAGCCAAACGCUUCUCCCUUUUUGUGCGAAGAUUCUUCUCAGCCGCGAGGAGCGGGGGCAGCCCCCUGCACGUUUUCGACUGCGUCAACGACGGUGUGGAAAGAGGCCUGCACCGUGUGGAGGAGAAGGGGGCACAAGGGAGGGACCAGCUCGGGGACAGCGGCAGUAGUCCCUGCGAGGAAGCUUUCCCAUUUGGAGACGCACUGUCUGUCCGCUCCUCCACUGAGGAAAAGUUGGGGAUCCCCUCCCGAGAGCUGCACACCUACGCGCAGAAGCACCCAGAGGAAUACACCACCGUGAAGCGCUUCGGCGAUUUGCUCCUGCUCACCCUCAUAGACAACCUCCUCUAUUUCGAGCUGAAAGGUUCCCACUUUAUACGUUUCUUCUUGAGACUGUUCGAGGAGAACUCGUGGCCCCUCUGUGCAUACCACCACUUUUUUUUUUAUAAAAUUUUUAAAAGCUUCAGGUACAGUCAGGUAAGUGCCCGGGAUAGGAGGUGCGUCCCAGACAGGGGGGGCAUCCCAGACAGGAGGGGCAUCUGGGAGGGGGAUGGCCAUGCCGAGGACGCGGUGGCGGGCUACCUCUCCUCGGAAGAAACGUUCGAGAGGCGCAGGCGGCAGAUCGUGGGCAUCUGCAGGGCGGAGGUAAUGCGGGUCAUCCGGCGGGGGUUGCGCGUGCAGGGGGGGGAUUCAACAAACGAGGUAAGCGUGAGAGCCGUGGGACAGGCGAGCGGAGGACCCGACGUGGACUGCCUCAUCAACCUGGCAUUUUGCCACCUCCAGGAAGAGGAUAUAAUCGACUUGUUUAGAGGCGCCGUUCUGCCGUCCCUAAACGAUUGCCUGAAAUGGAAGGGAACAGACGCAGUUGUGAUGUACGCCCUGGCUAGGGACCCCUCGGAAGGUACCUGCUCGAAGGGGGAAUCACCAAGAGGAAGAAGCGACCAUCAUCAUAACAGCACCAUCCGUUGCAACGAUUUUGCAAAAAUUAGAAGUCUGCUUAACGCAAAUGGGGAUAAUCAAAAAAGGCAAGUCCAAUCUGCAGAGGUGCUUAGAAGGUAUGAAUUUUUUUACCUUAACAUGAUGAGUAGGGGCAGAGGUAGUGAUGCUUUGGAGGACCCUUUCCCCACCCGAGAGGACUACCUAUGUUACGCAGAUUUCUUGUUCCACAGGAGGGAGGGAUGCUCUGCACAGGACUUGUUGCGACUCGCCAGGGGGGUGCAUAAGUACGGCCCCUGUAAUCAAGUGGGAAGCUUACUGAAGAGCAUCCAAACCGCUUGGAGUAGUCACGUCCACACAGACAGUAGGGUGAGCCUCUACGUGGAUAGCGAAAUAAGUGGCACCGUUAACUUGAUCACCUUCCAUGUGAGCUACCUCCUCCUCCUGACCGCGUUCAUGAAGAAGAUUGUUCUGGAAGACGUGGCCCCCGCGUUGAGUCAAAUUGAUAGCGAGUUAGCCAACGGCGCAGAUGUCUCCCCCUUUUGGCGGCUCCUACUGGUGCAACUUCUAUAUGUGCUUAAAAUUCAGGGGCUGUUUUCCUUCGACCUGCUCUGCUCCAAGUAUAGGCAGGUCACCCACUUGUAUAACAGAUCGAUUGGUCAAAUGAGGAAAGAGAGACAAAGGAGUGGGAGUAGUACCCUCUGCCCCCGUUAUGGUGAUUACAUAUGGACAGAUAAGAUUGUAAAAUAUUUGCAAAAUCAGAAGGUCCCCUUUGAGGAGGGAGUGCAGCUGGUAGACAGCCCCUUCACAUUCGACGUCUAUGUGCCCUCCAUGAAUUUGUUCCUCCUGAAUGGAGAGAAGUCUCCUUUUUGCGAUGCCUUUGUGCGUUGUUUGCAGGAUAGCCUAUUUGGCCACAUGGGUUCGAAGGUGGUUCGGGUGCACGAGGGGUGCUACCACUGGUUGGUGCGGGGGUGGUAA